CCACCGCUUCGAUUCAGUUGCCCGACUGGAUUGAGCUGAUCUAGUCAGAAGUGUGCACGAAAAUGGCGCGAAUUUUCUUACUGCUAUCAGUGGUGACGCUUUGCGCGAGUGUAGCUCAUGCUGGUUUUCUGGACUGGUUUCGGAGCAGUGCCAACAAAGGUCACCGUAUUUGUAAAGUGGAUUUUGAAGUGAUGGAACCCCAAGGCCUUAAGCUUUGGACCGUUCAUAAACCGGACACAAAAAUGUUCGGUAUCGAACUUUACAUCAAUCCAACUGGAACAAAGGAACCGUGCAAUCUGUGCAAGAACAUUACCGAGGUGACCGAUGGCAAGUUCUUCAUAAGGGACGAUAACGUGCUCGUCAAAAAGGGUGACGUUCUGGAAUAUGUAGCGAUUACAGAUAACGGAAAGACAGUUCAGAGACAUAAACGGAAAAAGUUGGUCGUUAGCGAUCACAUAAUCAAGCGUCAGGGCCGGUGUGCAUGCGGGUCUCCUCCGGUUCCAUUGUCGAGUGUUCGUGACACUGAACCGAGCGCAGAAAUCGAGCUUUUGGAACGCAUUAUCACCAGCCUGUCGAACCGCUGCGCCGAAGGAAUCGUAUCGAAUUAUCUUUUCCUGCAAGUUUCAAAUGCCGCCGGUCCGUCGAAUCUACUGGAACGCGUACAGGCAUAUCUUUCAGCCAAUACAUCAUUACAACCAUACGUUAGCACUGUAAUCGCAGCCGAGGAGUAUGCGGACGGAAUCGCCUUCCAGUUGAAAACAAUUGUGGACAAACUUAAAAUUCUGGAACUGAGUCCCACUGGUAGCGAUAUACUAGAUUACGACGGAAUCACUAUGUACGAUAAAAUAGACAUCCGAGUUGCAGAUAAUCAAUAAAAUAAUAAGUUUACUAUUAUUGAGAAGUUUAGCAUUUCACAGUCUAAACCUACAACAAUAAAUUCAAUGUACAAGUAAAAAGUUGUUGAAUAUCAACCAAAAUAAAA